CGACAACCAAGACAUUGAGGUCACUCUGCCAACAUUCACGCUCACAACAUAGACCCCUACCCUGACAAGACAUACAACAACGACCCCAAACAUCAAAGGUGCAAGCAACCAGCACAAUGCAUACCUCUUCCUUCAUCCUCUUCUUCGGCCUUCUUGCGUCGGUAGUGAGCGCUGUGACUCUCUACCGUGGCGAUAGUCGUGGCCCUAAGCAAAUCAAAGAUGCCGGGGGCUUCAAGUCCAGGGCUGACCACGAUCAUGCGGAGGGUACAUUGUUUGAGCACGUGACAAAGCAGCUGAAGCAUCCCAUGAAGAACCGAUACAUCCCCACCACGGUCGAUAUCAACGAAGCCAAGAAGCAGGGCGACUCCAAGUACCUCUAUCACCUCAACUCUGACGAAAUUGAGGAACAAAUCUGGGACGUCGCGGCAGAGUACGAAAAGGCCGGCAAGAAGUACCCCUACGCCAACGAGCAGGAGUUCGCGGUCGAGUACCAUAUCCCCUGGGAGGCCAUCACCAAGGUCGAGAAGAAUGUGGACGGCCAGUGGAGGGCAAUCAAGUUCUCCAAGCGAGGAGUUGAGCUCUUCGAAGAGAAUUUCUUUGUCGACUGAGUUCUCUUGAAGAGAGCGGGGCCAAAGAACGGUAGAAUCUGAACG